AUGCAAUCCACUAGCCACCAAGGUUCACUCCCAGACCGGUCUCGCGACCACACAGUCACGACAGAAGCCAACCCCACCCCCAGCCAAGCCCACGAGUCAACAGACCAUUCGCUUCGAGAAAGAAAUGAUAGAGUCGCGGCUGAGGCUGAAGCUGAAGCUGAGUCAACCUGGCAGCCCCGAUUCGACCGUCGACAGAGCUGGAGUACCCAGGAUCGCAAACAUCAAUUGCAGGAGCGACUUUUGAAUGUGGAGGGGAGUCGGGAGAGAGGGUUUACGGAGAACUGA